ACAACACUUAGUAGUUUCCGAGAGUACAAUUAAGGCUCUACCAACACGAGUACAGGGUCGGUACUUUAGUGCAUUUGGUACAGUGGUCGUACUUCCCUUAAGAACGUUCUUAUCCAUUUGGUGAGCUUAAUUAUUGAGCUCAGGGCGGCUUAAUCAUAAAGCCGGCAUCGCAUUAUUUUUAUAUAUAUCUUGCAUAUCUUACUGAGUCUGUUGACUCAUCAGUUUGCUACCCUGUGUAGGUAAAGGAAAAGCAAAGCUGGAGGAACAGUGAGAUAGAGCUCGGCAAUGAUUGUACAUAUCGCGGCAGUGCAACCUGGAGGGUUUCGGUCUUUUACUAUUUUGAGUCUGUAUUUUGAAGUUGUGUGCUCGCAAGUUUUAAAAAAAAUAAUAUAUGUACAUAAUAGUAAAAUACUUUUAAAUUGUAUUUUGAUACUCGGGAUCCCGAUACAUAUGGUAAUAAAAAUAUAAUGUAUUAAGUUAUCUUUUGAGUUUAGUAAAUAUAAAAUGCGGGCGUUACACUGUAGGUACAGAAACGGAAAUUCCUGGACUGAUUGAAGAAUUAUUUUAGGGAAGUUUCUAGUGGGUUGAGGUCUUGUUCAGACCGAAUGUAAGCUGUCUAUGAGAUGUAUAUUCAUUAUAAAUACAUCCUAUAGCAGCUAGCUUUUUUUAAUCUCUUUCAUUCACUUUCAAAUCUUUAGGAAAGAGUGUCUUUGUUAUGUAGAGAAGAGUUGUUCUACUCUUACUCUGUUUAUUUGUUGUUUGUAUUGUCUUGAGUCUGUAUUCAAGUCUACAACGAAGAAGAACAUCAGUGCACCUUCGGGAGAAGGGUAUUUACAAGCUUUCGGGAGAUCGCUUUUGAAGUCUUGCAUCGGGAUGAUACAAGCACACAACCUUCGGGAGAUGGUUGUAUAGGCUUUCGGGAGAUAGCCUUUAAGCCUUGAAUCGGGAGGAUUCAAGCACUCUUCAAGGUGAUCGAAGGGAGUUUGAGCUCUUGGAGUUUUAUCAAGAUUCGGUUAGUAGGUGGAAUACAUCAAACUUGCGGCACACAAUAAGAGGGAGUCUAUUUAUGCAUAAGUCAAUUACUUUGUAUUUUUGAUACCGAUCUAAUGAAUCUUAUCUUUGGGCGUGGCCCCGUGGACUAGUAACAAUCUGAAAGGAUUGUUGAAACCACGUACAAAAAUCUUGUGUGUUUUUACUUUAUGCACUGUUUGUUUUUCUGGGUUUCUCUGGAGUUACAGAGUUGUAUUCUGUAACUACGGAAAACUGUUUUCAGUACCAGUUUCAUUAUUCCGCAUUUAAUUAAUCACUAAAUUACAUAAUUAAACUGGAAAUAUUAAAAUACGGAAUUUUAGAUUUUUUGUUUUUUGUUCUGAGCAAACAAUCAUGGCCAAAGGCCUGAGCUUUUUUGUGGGAUAUUUCUGGGUGCACCUCCAUAGCCUACGACUCAUUCUCCCUUCUCCUCUUCUUAAAGCCCCAAACUCAGUACACAAACACUUUCUUCUACUAAUUAAUUUCCUCUAAUCUUAUUGCAACCAGAAACCAGCAACAAAAAUGGAAUUUCUAAGCCACCCCAGUCCCAGUCUCGACCUCAGGAGCAUAACAACACCCCGCUUUUCGCUUAUACCAACAAAAUUUGCACUGCCCACUUCGCCUUCUCUGCCUUUUGAUCGAUAUCAAACCUCAAAUCGACGUUUGAUGGUGGAGUGACAUUGAUGAGAGUAGGCCCAACCAGAAGAAUAAUCCAUUUGAAUUAAUUCGAAAUCGGAAUGAGUGGCGGUGGAGAAGGUGAGUCCUUGGAGUAUACUACCACAUGGAUCGUCGCCAUCUCUCUGGCGGCGGAGCGUCGUCUGCAGAAGAUCAAGGAGGAGUUGAUGCUUUUGGCUUUGUUUUCGGUUUAUUGCGAUUCCCCGGCUCUUGCUGAGUGUCUUACUGUUGCUUUUCCUGUUUCUCGAGCCCCUGAGGUGAAUAGAGUUCAACGAACUCUUGUGGAGGCUUGGGGUUUGAUUAGAGAGACAUUUGUUGACCCAACAUUUAAUCAUCAAGAUUGGGAUCUGAAGUUGCAGCAGAUAAUGGUGGAGAUGUUUCCCCUUAACUCAGCUGAUGCAGCAUAUACCAAAAUCAGUGCAAUGCUCUCUACAUUUGGAGACCCUUUUACUAGGAUUAUCAGUCCCAAGGUUUUACUAUUCAUGUAUUUCCUUUGGUGUUAAAAUUUGUAUUUGGUUAUGAUUCACAGACAUAAUUGAAUUUUUUGUCUACAAUACAUGUUUAUGUAGUUUCAUUUUUGUUUACUUGGUGUUUGAACUUAAGUAUUGAGUUGGAGUCAACAAAUCUUUCUUUAAUGAAUUGUAAAACUCUACAUCAGAAAUAAUCAUUGGUGCCCAACUAAUAAUCUGUUGUACUUGCAGGAUUAUCUAAGUUUUAGGAUUGAGAGUGAUGGAAAUCUUCAGGGAGUUGGACUUUUCAUAUCUGUUGAACCAAACACUGGCCAUUAAGAGCUUGAAGGUUCAGAAGAUUUUCGACGAUACUGAUUUCAGUUAUUGAAUGAUACUAAUAUUCAUUAUUUAUUAAUAAUUAUUUUCUUUUUCUCUUCGAAAACAAUACGAAGAAGAAGAAGCAAAUGAAUGAUUUUCCUUUCAUUUAUUUAUUUUUUUAUACUUAUUUCUAUAGAAGUCCUAAUAUGAACCGAGCUGUUAGUUUUAAUAUUUAUACCUGAUCUUUCUAUUUUAUGGCAUAUUAAUAUUUUUUUUUUGUUCUUUAUUUAUUUUUUUUGGUUAAAUAUUUGAAAAAUAUUAUGUGUGAAAAUAUCUUGAAUUUUUUAAAAAUUUAAAAUUCAUAUUAAUUUUUUUUAAUGUGAUUUGAAUAAGUGAAAUAUUUUAUGAUAUUUGAAUAGUGAGACGCUAUAGAUUAUUUUUUUUUUUAGUUUUUAAUAUUAAAAUAAUGUUUUUAUGAUUAAAUUUUUAUAUUUAUAUAAAUAUUAUAUAAUGUGAGAUAAUUUAAUAAAUUAGUAUAAUAAUAAAGAAUAUUUUUUAGUGUAAAUUUUAGUAUUGUGGUUAGAAUAUUUUUUUAGUCUAAA